AUGAACGUUAGUAAUUUACAUUCUUCCUGCACGAUGAUACUGCUUGGUAUCUUGGCGUCGACGACGAUAAUCGGACUCACAAAUUCCGCUCCUCUGUCGUCAUACGAAAGAAGGGACGUGUCAGACGAGCAUCCUAAAAUUUUCCUGUUGAUCGAUCAAAGAAUACCAGAAUUGGAGGACGAGAUGUUGAAUUCGGAAAACGAUCUUGGGUCAGACGUAAUGCGCACCAAGAGGAUCGGAUCUCUAUCGAUUGUGAAUAAUUUGGACGUGCUGAGGCAGAGAGUCCUGCUUGAGCUGGCUCGCAGAAAGGCAUUGCAGGACCAACGGCAGGUUGACGAGAAUCGUCGUUUCCUCGAGAGUAUUGGCAAGAGAUCAGUAUCGAACGCCGGCAGAAUCAUGAGAUCCGAUACGAAGAAUAACGGACGGUCUGUAGCAUCCGACAGGAAUGAAUGGAUCCGAGAAAACAAUCCCUUGUUCCACGAAUCGCAAGACGAUCGAACGGUACAAGCUAAUGAACUUCGCCUGUUGUAAUCGCGUCUUGGCAUGCGAAGAACUCCAGAAGAACCGAUAUAUCCUUAACUUUACUAUAUGCGACUUUUAAUCAAUCGCCAUUAAGUUAUUUUGUUAACUGUCCGCUUGCCUAUCUUCGUUUAGCAGACAGUCUAAAUUCCGCCAGCCGUGACUGGCAAUAUAAAUGUUAAAAAUUGCUGAAUUUUACAAUCGACAACAAA